AUGCCGAAGAACAAGGGAAAGGGAGGAAAGAAUAGGAAGAGAGGAAAGAACGAAGCUGAUGAUGAGAAGCGUGAGCUUAUUUUUAAGGAAGAUGGACAGGAGUAUGCCCAAGUACUUCGCAUGCUCGGAAAUGGUCGUUGUGAAGCCAUGUGUAUUGAUGGGACCAAGCGUCUUUGUCAUAUUCGAGGGAAGAUGCACAAGAAGGUCUGGAUUGCUGCUGGUGAUAUAAUUCUUGUAGGCCUCCGUGACUAUCAGGAUGAUAAGGCUGAUGUUAUAUUGAAGUACAUGCCUGAUGAAGCUAGGCUUCUGAAGGCUUAUGGUGAGCUUCCCGAGAAUACGCGUCUCAAUGAAGGUAUUGCUGGAGGUCUUGACGAAGAAGAUGAUGGUGCUGGUGAUGAUUAUAUCGAGUUUGAGGACGAAGAUAUCGAUAAGAUCUAG